AUCCCUAAUCUCAUUCUUUUCUUCUCCCGAGAGCAACUCCUUUACCCCACCCCUCACUCAAAGCAUCACAGAGAAAAAGAAAAUAGCUAAAAGAUGAUUGCUCUUUUUUAUACCAAACCAAACCCAAACUCCAAUCAACGACAGCAGCAGCAGGGUUGUUGGUGGUCGAAAUGGCGAGCUCUAGCGGGACCAAGGGCGACGGUGGCAGGCUGCCACGGCCGCCGUCCCGGAAAAUGACUGGAAUACCGACGAUGAUGGCGGAGUUGCAGCAUGAGGAGAACCUCGCAGCUGAUAGUGAGUUAGUGCCCUCCUCUUUGGCCUCUAUUGCUCCCAUUCUCCGGGUUGCAAAUGAAAUUGAGGAGGAUAAUCCCAGAGUGGCCUAUCUUUGCCGGUUCUACGCAUUUGAGAAGGCUCAUAAGAUGGAUCCAACAUCAAGUGGACGAGGUGUUCGGCAGUUUAAGACAUAUUUGUUGCAUAGACUUGAGAAGGAGGAAGACGAGACAAUGCAUCAGCUUGGAAAAAAUGAUCCACAAGAAAUGCAGUUGUAUUACCUGAAGUUCUAUGUUGAAAAUGUUAAAGAUGGGGAACACACAAAAAAACCGGAGGAGAUGGCAAAGAUUUAUCAAAUUGCGACGGUGUUGUAUGAUGUGCUGAGGACAGUAGUCACAGAUCCUAAAAAAAUUGGUGAUGAGAUACACAGAUAUGCUAAGGAAGUUGAGAGGAAAAGGGAGCAAUAUGAACACUAUAACAUUCUUCCCUUAUAUGCUGUAGGGGUUAAACCAGCUAUCAUGGAACUUCCUGAGAUCAAAGUGGCGCUUAAUGCUAUACGUAAUGUGGGUAAUCUUCACAUGCCUAGAGUUCAUUUGACAUCAGAUGUUCCUGAUAACAUGACUCAGGAAAGAAAUAAAUCUGUAAAUGACAUACUUGAUUGGCUUACUUCACUUUUUGGGUUUCAGAAAGGAAAUGUAGCAAAUCAAAGAGAGCACUUAAUUUUGCUGCUUGCCAAUAUGGAUGUAAGGAAAAUGUCUGAUGAAGAUUAUACUGAGCUGAAAAGUGACACUGUAAAGCAGUUGAUGGAUAAAGUUUUCAAGAAUUAUCGUUCAUGGUGCAAGUAUCUGCGUCAUGAGUCACACCUAAGGUUUCCUCAAGGUUUUGAUAGACAACAGCUAGAGCUUGUUUACAUUUCACUUUAUCUUCUUAUAUGGGGGGAAGCUUCAAAUAUCCGAUUCAUGCCUGAAUGCAUUUGCUAUAUUUUUCAUAAUAUGGCACAUGAGGUUUAUGGAUUUUUGUUUGGAAAUGUGCAUCCUGUCAGUGGAGGCACAUACCAAACAGCAGCACCGGAUGAAGAAAAUUUUUUAAGGACUGUUAUAUUCCCUAUCUACCAGGUCUUGCGCAAGGAAGUCAAGAGAAACAAAGGAGGGAUGGCAAGCCACUCAACAUGGAGAAAUUAUGAUGAUCUGAAUGAGUAUUUUUGGUCUCCAAGGUGUUUCCGAUUAGGAUGGCCAAUGGACCCCAGUGCAGAUUUUUUUAUCCAUUCAGAUGAGAUAGUCAUAGCAAAUGAGAGACCUAAUCAAGUCACUUCUGGUAAGAGAAAGCCAAAAACUAAUUUUGUUGAAUUCCGUACAUUUUGGCAUCUUUACAGAAGUUUUGACCGGAUGUGGAUAUUCUUUAUAAUGGCUUUUCAGGCCAUGGUAAUCAUUGGAUGGAAUUCUGGGUCUCUUCUUGGCUUAUUUGAUGAGGAUGUCUUCAGAAGUGUAUUAAGUAUUUUCAUCACCUCGGCUUUUCUCAAUUUUCUGCAAGCUGCUUUGGAUAUAAUUCUCAGUUUUAGUGCCUGGAGGAGCUUGAAAAUUACACAGAUACUACGGUACAUUCUGAAAUUUGGAGUGGCAGCUUUCUGGACAGUGGUUUUGCCAAUUGGUUAUUCUAGUUCUGUUCAAAAUCCAACAGGACUCAUUAAGUUCUUCAACAGUUGGGCUAGGGAUUGGCAAGAUCAAUCAUUUUAUAAUUAUGCUGUUGCAAUUUAUUUGAUACCCAAUAUACUUGCUGCUUUACUAUUUUUUCUUCCACCUUUACGGAAAUCAAUGGAGCGUUCAAACUUGCGGAUUGUCACUCUUAUCAUGUGGUGGGCACAGCCAAAACUCUAUGUUGGAAGAGGCAUGCAUGAAGACUUCCUCUCACUCCUUCGGUACACAUUGUUCUGGAUCAUGCUGCUAAUCAGCAAGCUGGCAUUCAGCUACUUUGUUGAGAUUUUGCCACUAAUACAGCCAACAAAGAUUAUUCUGGACUUGCAUGUGGAUAACUACCAGUGGCAUGAAUUCUUUCCAAAUGUGACCCAUAACAUUGGAGUUGUUAUUGCAAUUUGGGCUCCUAUUGUCCUAGUUUAUUUCAUGGAUACUCAAAUAUGGUAUGCCAUAUUCUCUACUCUUUUUGGAGGGGUUCAGGGAGCCUUCAGCCAUUUGGGUGAGAUACGGACACUUGGGAUGUUGCGGUCUCGAUUUGAAUCUGUGCCCAGAGCUUUCAGUCGAACUCUUGAUCCAUUAUCAAAUCAGUAUGCCGAAACAAAACAUCAUGUAGAGCAUAAUGCCGAAACAAAACAUCAUGAUGAGUCAGAAGAAAGGAAGAAUAUUGCGAAGUUUUCUCAAGUAUGGAAUGAGUUCAUAUAUUCUAUGCGAACAGAGGAUCUGAUAAGCAAUAGGGAUAGAGAUUUGCUGCUUGUGCCAUAUUCUUCAGGUGAUGUCUCUGUUGUCCAGUGGCCACCCUUCUUGCUUGCAAGCAAGAUUCCUAUUGCGCUAGACAUGGCAAAAGAUUUUAAAAGGAAGGAUGAUGAAGAGUUAUUUAGGAAGAUAAAGGCCGAUGAUUAUAUGUAUUCAGCAGUAAUUGAGUGUUAUGAGACCAUCAGGCAUAUAAUAAUUGGCCUUCUGGAAGAUGAAGCAGAUAGGAGGAUUGUUGAGUCAAUCUGUUCUGAAGUAGAAAUCAGCAUACAACAGAAGGAAUUUUUGAAUGAAUUUCGGAUGGGUGGGUUGCCUUCACUUAGUAAUAAGUUGGAGAAAUUUUUAAGAAUCUUGGGGCAGCAGCAGCUUACUGAAAAUGAUGAUGCUGCGGCACACAAAUCUCAGAUAAUCAAUAUUCUCCAAGAUACAAUAGAAAUUAUCACGAAGGAUGUUAUGGUCAAUGGCCACGACAUCUUUGAAAAAUCUCACCAACAUAGUCAAGAUGUUCUAAAUAUCAAGAAAGAGCAGAGGUUUGAGAAGAUAAAUCUUGGCCUUACACGCAACAAAUCAUGGAAGGAAAAGAUUGUUAGGUUGUUUUUGCUUUUGACUGAGAAAGAAUCAGCCAUAAAUGUGCCUACAAAUUUGGAGGCUCGGCGGCGCAUUACUUUCUUUGCGAACUCCCUGUUUAUGAAUAUGCCAUGUGCACCCAAAAUCCGUGACAUGCUCUCCUUUAGUAUUUUGACUCCGUAUUACAAGGAAGAUGUUCUUUAUUCUGACGAAGAACUGAACAAGGAAAAUGAGGAUGGGAUAUCAAUUUUGUUUUACCUACAGAAGAUAUAUCCGGAUGAAUGGACCAACUGCAUUGAGCGCCUGAGUGAGAACAAGGAUGAAAUGAAAGAUGAGGAACUUCGAAAGUGGGUAUCAUACAGAGGACAGACACUGUCUAGAACAGUGCGAGGGAUGAUGUACCACAGGAUGGCUUUACGACUUCAGUACUUCCUGGAAUUUUCAGGAGAUGAUGCUAUUUUUAAUGGCUAUCGGACUUGGGAAUCGAGUGUGGGCCAACAAAAGGCUGAAGCUCUGGCCAGUUUGAAGUUCACUUAUGUUGUUUCUUGUCAGCUCUAUGGAACUCAGAAAAAAUCAUCUGAUGCUAGAGACCAGAGUUGCUACACUAAUAUUCUAAAACUCAUGAUAACAUAUCCAUCUCUACGUGUCGCUUAUAUUGAUGAAAGAGAGGAGACAGUGAAUGGAAGACCUCAGAAGGCUUAUUUCUCUGUGCUUGUCAAGGGAGGUGAGAGGUUAGAUGAGGAAAUAUACCGCAUCAAGCUUCCAGGUCCUCCAACAGAAAUUGGUGAAGGGAAGCCUGAAAAUCAAAAUCAUGCAAUUAUUUUUACUCGUGGAGAAGCUCUGCAGACCAUAGACAUGAAUCAGGAUAAUUACUUUGAAGAGGCUUACAAAAUGAGAAAUGUUCUAGAGGAAUUAAUAAAACAUCGUCGUAAGGAGAGAAAACCAACAAUAUUGGGUCUAAGGGAGCAUAUUUUUACUGGAAGUGUUUCUUCACUAGCUUGGUUCAUGUCCAAUCAAGAGACUAGUUUUGUAACUAUUGGGCAAAGGGUUUUGGCAACUCCUCUGAGGGUAAGGUUUCAUUAUGGCCACCCUGAUAUAUUUGACAGAAUCUUCCACAUAACGAGGGGUGGUAUAAGCAAAGCUUCAAAGAUUAUUAAUUUGAGCGAGGAUAUAUUUGCAGGGUUCAAUUCAACAUUGCGAGGGGGCUGUAUUACUCAUCAUGAGUACAUUCAAGUCGGAAAAGGGCGUGAUGUUGGAAUGAAUCAGAUAUCUGCUUUUGAGGCAAAGGUUUCAAAUGGGAAUGGGGAGCAGACACUUAGCCGGGAUGUUUAUCGUCUUGGACGUCGGUUUGAUUUCUAUAGAAUGUUAUCAUUCUACUUCACAACAGUCGGCUUCUACUUUAGCAGCAUGGUUACUGUGCUUAUUGUCUAUGUAUUUUUAUAUGGACGUCUGUACAUGGUUAUGAGUGGAUUGGAAGGAGAGAUUCUCCAGAGUCCAGGCAUACAUCAGAGCAAGGCCCUUGAAGAGGCUUUGGCUACCCAGUCUAUCUUCCAGCUAGGCUUGUUGCUGGUGCUGCCCAUGGUCAUGGAAAUUGGCCUUGAAAAAGGCUUCCGUACUGCUCUGGGGGACUUCAUUAUUAUGCAGCUACAGCUGGCUUCUGUAUUCUUUACAUUCCAGCUUGGAACAAAAGCACAUUAUUAUGGACGAACUAUCUUGCAUGGAGGCUCCAAAUAUCGAGCUACUGGUCGUGGGUUUGUGGUAUUUCAUGCAAAAUUUGCUGAUAACUACAGACUGUACUCACGGAGUCACUUUGUGAAGGGUUUGGAGCUACUUAUACUAUUGGUCUUGUAUGAAGUUUAUGGGGAAUCAUAUCGUAGUUCCAGCCUCUAUUUGUUUGUCACAUGGUCAAUGUGGUUCCUUGUUGCUUCAUGGCUGUUUGCUCCUUUUAUAUUUAAUCCAUCGGGUUUUGACUGGCAAAAAACAGUUGAUGAUUGGACAGAUUGGAAGAGGUGGAUGGGCAAUCGUGGAGGCAUUGGGAUCCAUCCUGAUAAAAGUUGGGAAUCAUGGUGGGAUGGAGAGCAAGAACACCUCAAAUGCACAAACAUAAUUGGAAGGGUGCUUGAGAUUAUUCUAGCAUUCCGCUUCUUUAUUUUCCAGUAUGGAAUUGUCUACCACCUGGAUAUAGCUCAUCGCAGUAAAAACAUUCUGGUUUAUCUACUGUCUUGGCUGGUUAUGGUAACUGCUCUUCUAGUUUUGAAGGUAUGCAAAUGAUACUCCCUACAUGAAGUAAACAAAUUUCCCAAACUCUGACAUGAAAUGUUUAAAUUGCUUUAAAGAAUGUUUGUUGAAGUGAAUAACUGCCCUUUUGUUUCUCAGUCUUCUCGGUCUUUUGUGUUUGUCUAAAAUAUUUAGAGUGGCCUGCAUGUUCAUUUGUUCUAUUUCUGCAUAUAUGUUUUCCACUUGUUGCUGCCAGAUGGUAUCUAUGGGUAGGCGAAGAUUUGGCACUGAUUUUCAGCUGAUGUUCAGAAUUCUCAAGGCACUUCUUUUCCUCGGUUUCUUGUCAGUCAUGACUGUUCUAUUUGUUGUCUGUGGCCUCACUCUGUCAGAUGUAUUUGCUGCCGUCCUUGCUUUCUUGCCUACGGGAUGGGCCAUUAUUCUUAUUGGCCAAGCUUCGAGACCGAUGGUGAAGGGAUUAGGAUUUUGGGAGUCAAUCAAGGAGCUGGCAAGGGCAUACGAGUACAUUAUGGGACUUAUACUGUUCGCGCCAAUAGCCAUCCUGUCAUGGUUCCCGUUCGUUUCAGAAUUCCAAACACGCUUGCUCUUCAACCAAGCUUUCAGUAGAGGCCUCCAGAUUUCUAUGAUUAUUGCAGGGAGGAAAGAUCAUACAUCAACCAAAUGAUGUUCGUGUUAGAAUUAGUUUGAAAUGGUGUUAGAACAUGCAUAUGUCCUAGAUCUAGGAGGAAUAAAAAAAAUAAAGGAAUUUAUAUAUGAUUACCCUUUACUCAAUGAUAAAUAGUUUUAACUGGCCGGGUACGAUGGUAUUUAAUAUCCCAAGCAGUGAUGCCUGAUUCAAGUGCAGUGUAUCUGUAGGACAUACUGAUACUGAUUUUUGUUAGGAGGCUUGUGAAAUGGAAUUGAAACAUACAUGCUUGUAAACUUAUAACAUUAAUUAGGGAUUUAUUUAUAUACAAGUUUUUUAUAAUUGUCGUUUUGGUAACACAUUGAUCUACUUCCAUGUCCAAAGCACGAGGUUCUACCUUUUACGUACAAUGAACAUAUGAGACCUCUACCAAAACUCCCAAGUUGGUGAUAGCUACUCUAACCUAUAGAUCUGAAAUGAGGGGAUUUUAUGAGCUAAAAGCCCAAUAAGCAUUAAGUUUAAGCUAUAAACUUGGGUCCUAAGACCCCUAGACCUAUACACACAAAGAGCAUAUAACGGAACCAAAUCACAUAAUAUUAUAGUUUUCAGCAUUUAAAUAAAAACUUAAUAUCUCA